CCGGCGCGGCGCCCCGCGAGGCUCCUGCGUCCCGGCGCUGCGCGGCGGCCGGAGCGGACCGGGCUCGGGCGGGCGGGCGGGCGGAACCGGGCCGGCGGGCUGCGGCGGGGCCUCGGGCCGGGCUGCUGGCGGCGCCAUGGGCUCACGUGUGCACCCCAGGGUCCAGCCUCGCUGAGCCAGCCGCCCGCCCCGCCGCGGGAGCACCGCGCCCCGACCAUGUCCAUCGUGGACCACAGCCCCACCACGGGCGUGGUCACGGUCAUCGUCAUCCUCAUCGCCAUCGCCGCGCUGGGCGCCCUCAUCCUGGGCUGCUGGUGCUACCUGCGGCUGCAGCGCGUGAGCCAGUCGGAGGACGAGGAGAGCAUCGUGGGCGACGGCGAGGCCAAGGAGCCCUUCCUGCUGGUGCAGUACUCGGCCAAGGGGCCCUGCGCGGAGCGCAAGGCCAAGCUGGCCCCCGGCGGCCCCGACGUGCACAGCUGAGCCCGCCCCCGGCCCCCGGCAUGGACCGACGCCCCCCGGGCGUCCCCGCGGCCCCCCGCCGGGCUGCCCGCUGCAGGCAGUGGGCAGCCCCGACUGAGCUGCGGCGGCCGCCGGCCCCCCUUGCGCUUUUUGUUACUUGAAUGUCCAGCUGAGCCCGAUGUCAGUGACGCGACUACUGUACCGCGUGGACUGUAAAUAGGCCCCAGACGCACGUGCUCCGCUUCCCCGCCCACCCGCCCCUCCCUUGGAGGUGCCGCACUGCUGUGCUCAUGACGCCGCCGAUGCUCGCCAGGCCUGGGACCCGCGCCGGCCGCUGCCGCCGUGGGGAGCGAGGGCCCUUGUGUCGUCUGGGGGCCCAGCCCAGAGUGGGGGGUCGUCGCUUGGUGAUUGCUGCCUGGCACGCAUGACGGAAGCAUCGCGACACCCUCAGCGUGUGCUCGAUUCCAUCUGGGUUCCUGGGUGCCGGGAGUGACUGCCGGGAGGCCACGGCCGCCCCUGGGAGCCGGUGAGGGACGCGCGGCAGCGCCGUCCCGAGGCUGCCAGGUGGACUGGUGGCGGAGCAGUCCCCGUGCCCCUUGGCGUCCACUGUGCCCCCGCCCCGCCCUCGCCCCCGGGUAGUGCCGGCUUGGCUCCUGGGAUCUGCCCUGCAGGGAGAGCCGGGCCGGGCCAGGCCCGCCCGGGCGCUGCCUUGACCCGAUCCCCGUGCGGGGGUCUUGGAGGGGAGCCGCUCGUUUUCCUUGGUGGUUGUUUCCUGUUUUCUGCACUGGAUGGGGAGGGCCGGGGGCCUCGAGGUCCCUCCCCCGCCCCUUUUGCUGGUAACUGCCAUUCUGCUGGGCUCAGCCGCACCCGGGCACCCCGGCUCCCCAACAACCCUGGACUGCGAGGCCGUGGCAACUGAGAGCCCCGUUUCCUGUGGUACCUGUGGCUCCCGACAGCUGUGCUGGGUCCCCCCUGCUGCCUGCCCGUUCCACCCCGGGGCGGGCGGCAGGAGCCCCGCGCAGGGCUGGCUGCAUGUCCUGACACUGAAUCCCAUCGCCGUGAGCCAGUCCCCAGCAGUCAAGGUGAAAACGUGGCUCGUGGUGGCCGCCUGGGCCCCACAUGGCAGUUUCUGUGCCACGUUCCCCCCCCCCCCCGCAGCAGCCUCUCAGCUCAUGGGUCGUCCUUCCCUCCCCGCCCACCGUGGGCAUGUUGAGCUGAGCUGCCUUCUAGAAGCCCUCCGGGAGCUCCCAGGAUCACCUACCGUGGGAGUCCAGCAUGAGUCAUCGGGGGAGUGGCGGGGGCGGCCCAGGCUUUGGGGGGCUCAGAAAGCAGCUGGGUCUUGGAGGCGGCAGUGCCUCUGGUCCCUCACGGUGGGGGGGGGGGGAGGCUGGCUCAGGCAAGUCACCUGGAGUGGGAGGUCACUGAGGUUGGAAGGGGAGAGACGGGGACACACUGUGUCCUCCCAGGCAGAGGGUGGGAGGUGUUGGGCGGGGGUUGCUCCGCGCCCUGCCACGUUCCUGCACUUUGGAGCUUUCUACCUCCGGUUCCUGCUCCCCCUGCUCACACCUGGGCAGUCCAGCCUCACCCCUGCCCCAUGAGGGUUUUAGGGCCCAGGAUCUGGUCACGAAAUGACGCUUCCUGCAGAGCUGCCCUCGGGGGGCAAGGGCUGUGCACACGGGAUGCGCUGGGACAGCCGUGGGGAGCACCACACAGUGACAGCAUCCUCUGCUCCGGGGGGCCGGCAGCCACAUUCCCCCAGAGCCCUGGUGGCACCUCGGGGUCCGCUCGCGUGUCACCUUGCUCCGGAGGCCAGGGGAGGGGCUGCACAGACGCCUCCGCGGGGACCCGGCUCCCAGGUCUGCACGGAGCUGCAGUUUGUGCAAUAAUGGGGAGGGGCGCGUCCCUCCCUGUUCUGUAAAAGCUGAAUGACAUUCAGGCUGAUUUUCUAGACCACUGAGAAAAAUCUUUAUUUACAAUAAAUUUCCAUAAAAUUUGCAUAAAUAUAUUCCCAA